AUGGAAAUCUGGGUUUGUGUUCUUGGCUGGUUUGCCUCCAUUCUAACGAUGAUUGGGAAUGGAUUUGUCAAAACCAACGCUUUUAUUGUUUCUCUCGCAGUUGCAGACUUUCUUGUUGGGAUGCACGUUUUUCCUUCUAUUUUUUUCUUAGAUGUAAUCGGCCUAAGUGAUCAAGGCUUGUAUAUCAUCUUACUACGGUUGAGAUGGCUGUUCCAGGAUGCAUCAGUUUUGAGUAUGUGCAGUUUAGUUCUGGAUCGCUACUUAGCCGUUGUGAAACCUUUAAAAUACUUAACUUUUAUGACUUCAAGACGUGUUAUCCAACUUAUUUUCUUCUCAUGGGGGAUCUCAGUAGCUGUUAUUUUACUUCAGUCGUUUCUUUUGGUUAAGUUAAAUGCAUAUGUUCUUUAUUCUUCUUUCAAAGUGCUGGUU